UUUUGAAGCAGAUGAGAUGAGGCGGUUGGUCUUAUUACUAGCACUAUGUUUCUCCUGCUCUUUUGCUCAAUAUGGCCUCUAUGGUAGCGGAUAUAAUGGCUAUGGAGGGUACGGUAGCGGCUAUGGAACUGGGUACGGAAUGGGCUAUGGAAUGGGCUAUCCAAUGAAUCCGUAUAUGAAUCAGGUUUAUGGAACCGACGCGACAGAAAUUACCCAACCCAACCCAAAUCCUCCAACUGAAAACCAACGCGACUGCCGCGGCCUGCCUUCCAUGAGAUCACGGAGUCUUUGCAGGUAUGGUAGCAAUCCGAUGAUGUCCGGUGGCGGCGGGAUGUAUGGAGCUGGCGGAUGCAUGGAUCUGAGCCCUCAAUGCUCCGUUUGGGCGAGCACAGGCCAAUGCUCUACAAAUCCAAUGAUGAUGCGGCAGACGUGUGCAAUGUCCUGUGGAACUUGCAGCACAGGUGUUGGAGCUCUCGGGUCCAUGGGGUCCUACAACCCAUUUGGAGGGUACGGAGGGAUGGGAUACCCCCAAGCCGGUUUGUUAGACCCCCUUGCUCAAUUCAUCGGGAGAUCGAUUUACGAAACUGGGAUCCUCCGACAACCAACUCCAUCGAGUAGUUCCAAGAGCAUUGGUAUACUGACGAAAGCGAAAAGUGAGCAGUUGCCGAGCCGGUGAUCAACUGGAUUAGAAUCUAUUUAUGCUACCUGUAUAAAAUUGAUAAAGAUCUCACAUUCAUUAA